AUGGAGUCGCCGAUCAACCCAGAAAUUUGGAAGUUCCUCUUCCGUGGAGGUGUCGCGGCCCUCUCCUUCGCCUCUCUAUUUUCACUUUACCACGAGCGGUACGACCUUCUAUCAUCACUGGAUGCUGACUUCAAAGCAAUUAGUACGGCUCAGACGGGAUGUGAGAGCGAGACUGCCAUUGCCAAAAUCGUUUCCAAAAUAAAGGAAGAAUCCGCCCAGAAGAAAGGUAUGACUCGCCUCUCUGCUGAAAGACAUGGCUCCACACUUGUGCGUCUCGCCGCCUUGCAAAAAGAUGGCUCCAACGCGACUGUUGUAAGAGCGGCGAUCAAGGCACUUGUUGUCAUUUUCGGCGCCGACGCAGCGGGCCAUCGAAAGUUGUACAUGUUGGGCGGUUAUCGUACUCUUCUUACGACACUGAGCGAGGCACACCGGCAGGGGUUGCAACCACUUCUCGAAGAGACGGCGGAGGUUUUGCACACACUCACGCGUGUAGACGAUUCGGAGGUUAUACUCGAUACGGAUGUCCCUGUCGGGUCAGAGGGAGCUUAUGCGUUGGCUCGCAUUCCAGCAACCGUGAAGAUGCUCCGUGUGCUGAAUCCACAGAGCUCAAUUGUGCUCCUCAGCUCCCUUACAGGCAUAUUUGCAAAUGUCUGUGCACUACGCGCUGGUGCUGUUGUGAUUGGGCGCGGACUUGAUGGGCACAGCGGAAUUUCGUAUUUCUUGCGCCUUCUCGAGCAUAACAAUCAGGGUGUUGCGGAACAUUGCAUCAUGACGAUCCGCUACCUCGCUCGAUCGGGCAUAGGCCACGCAGAGUUGGCAGAGGAAGAAAACCUCUGCCGGCUGGCCGAAAACUUUUCCGCAACAAGUGAUCCACGUAUAAUCAAUUCCGUUCUUUCAAUUCUGUUGGUUAUGUUCGACAGCAAAGAAGGGCCGAAGUUUUUCCAUAACGUGGCGGAAAAGACAGACAUAAUUUCUACCAUGUUCGAAAUUUGGUGCCGUGCGUCAGACAAGGUCCUGCGGGAUCGUGCUGAGGUGCUCGUGCAACUUCUAUCGCAUGUACCACAGUGCACAAGCAAGGUGCAAAGGUAUUUGGAGCGUUACCGUUCGCAGAUCGCGGAGCGCCGCAUGGCGGAUGAAGAAGCAAGGCGAAAGCAGCUGCAACAGAUGCGGCAGAAUCAAAUGAUGCAACAGAUGAUGUUGGAAAAUAUGGGUAUGGGAGGGGGAAUGGAUUUAGCGGCAAUGAUGGGUGGCGGCAUGUAA